UUAAUUAUAAAAUAUUAAGAACUCAAUAUAUCCUAACAAAUAUUAAUUUCAUAAAUACUAUUACGUGAGCGCAAUAAAUGUUCAUCAAGGAACUAAUCUUGUUCGUACGAAAAAAUUUCCAAGCGCGAAUAAACUCGAACAAAUGAAAAAACACGUUAUUUGACACGUUAUUUUUAUACAUCUGAAUGUAAUAACAUAAUGUAGUUGAGACGACGAGAGUUACAAAAUUGUUAGUGUAUCGAUGUAUGUCGGAUAACGUAUAAAAAAGAAAGAAAAAAGAAAAAAAAAAAUCCAAAUUCCAGUUAAAAUAAAUUAAAAUUGAAUUAAUCAUCGACGUAUUUAAAAGUAUUUAAUUGAAAAAAUGACCGUCGGCGUAGAAUUGCUUAAUACAUCAGAACCAUAUUUAAUACCAGGAUACACCGGUUUUUCUCCUCAAUAUCGUUAUCGUUGCGGAGAAACUUACGGAAGUCUUACUCAUAAACUUCUUCUCGAUCCUAAUGUGAAUCAUUCGGAAACGCUUGUCCUAUCAAAUCGUGCUACUGACGAUUAUCAAGUGAGCAGACCUCCCAAAAAUGACAUAGAUAUUGUAAAUGCACGAUACAAAAGGGUAGAUCCUAUUUAUACUCAUCCAACUAUUCCAGGCUAUGAAGGUUUCAUACCAAAUUUAAACGCAAAUUGCGGACAAAGAUACACCGUACUUGCGACCGAGGGUUUAGCAGAAUUUGAGAGACAACAGAUAAAAAAUAAAGAGGCCCUUAAUAAACUUGAAACAAUAAUUUCUUUGCAAAGUGGGCAAGGUGAACCGCGAAAUACGAAGGAUCGUUUGCUAAUCGAAAGUCAAUUCAAAUUGCCUAUGAUCACCGUUCGUCCCGAUUGCGUUGGAGUUAUGAGAAAUUUGCCAAUCGAUGAACAAUACGAAGUUCCAAGGGAUCAUGCUCCCUCCCCUUAUUUUAUGGAUAAUGCGAAUCCAAAGAAAUACUUUAUCAGCAGAUAUGCUGGACAUAUUCCAUAUGGAUAUGCACAAUUUGGGGCUACAAAUGUACCCGCUACUAAUAGCGCACUUUGUGAUUUUACAUCAAAUUAUCGACAUCGACAAAGCACCGAAUGGGCACCUGUAACAAUUUCAAAACCUGAUCCGCCUCUUCUUAUUCAAUCGACUGAAAUUUAUCAUAAACAUGUUGGUUUAUUACCUAAUUAUUAUGGUCACGUUCCAGGACAAAUAUUUAGGUUCGGUAAAACAUUCGGUGCUGAUACUAAAGACGCAAAGAGAUGGCUUCGUGGUGACUUUUCUAUAUAAAUUUCCAAUAAUACAGCUAAUCAAUAAAUGAUUUCUGAGGGUAAUAAACAACGCCUACAGUUA